CAGACCAUUAACAUAGGCUGCGCGAUUCACCUAUUCUUCGAAUAUGUCGGCAGGCCUACGCUUGUGCAAGGUCCUUCUAUGAUUCCUACCAUGGCCGAGUCCGGGGAACUCGUCAUCGAAUAUAGGCUGCCCCUUCGUCUCAAUCCAAACCACCUCCAGCGCGGUGAUUUAGUCACAUUGACAUCACCAGUCCAGCCUGGUCGUAUCGUCUGCAAGCGGGUCCUUGGUUUACCUGGGGAUGUCGUCUGUGUCGACCCCACAGGCAUGAAAGCACCGUCGACUGAGCACGUCGUCAUACCUAAAGGUCACAUCUGGAUCAUGGGCGACAAUGCUGCGGCUUCAAGAGACUCUAGAGAUUAUGGGCCCGUUUCAUUAUCCCUUGUGCGCGGCACGCUUCUCGCAAGGGUAAGAGCCAUUAUUUGCGCUUUGGGUAUAUAUUGA